GGCUCCUCGUAGGUGCUUUUGGUUCCCGAGCAAAUCUAGUGAAACAGAAAGAGGAGAUGGAGACUUCUCUGAGGUACUCAAAAAGCUCAAGGUCUCUGAGAAUCCAUGCCAAAGAGAAGCUCCAUGUGCACUCCAAAACUCAUUUGCAGCUUCAUGGAGAGCUAGAUACACGGUCUGGGGCGCCAAGUUACUUCUGUGCUAUGAUAAGACACCUUUUCCAUAAGGAUUCAACAAACAUUGGAGUAGGCUUGCAUUAUGAUAAAAGCGAAAAGCUUCGGGGUCUUGUGCGUGGGAAAAUGAAGUUCCCUGUGAGAACUGAUAAUCUUUUAACCUUAAACAUUAAAGGAAGAUGUGAUUUUGACCAGGAGUUCAAUCAGAGGAACCCGAAAGGAGCUGCUGAAUUUGAUUUGAACAUAUGGAAGUUUGAGAAAGAUCAGGAUUUACGCCUCAGAGUUGGCUACGAGAUGUUUGAGAAGGUCCCAUAUAUGCAGAUUAGAGAAAACAACUGGACUCUUAACACGAACUUGAAAGGAAAAUGGAAUGUGAGGUUUGAUCUAUAAGGAGGGGAAACAUAAACAGCAACACACAUUUAAAGUAAGAUUACAUUUUAUAUUUGAUCAUUUUGAGAAAUGUUUUACUGAUUGAAGAAACUCACUUUUAUUUAACCAAAUUGAUAGCAAAUCUGAAGAUCUUUUGUUUUGUUAUCACUUAUCA